GGUCGAAACGCGGUGACAGCUGCGACGGCCGCGGCCGGUCGGCGCGGCGGCGGCGGAGGAGGCGCCGACAGCAGAGACGCCUGGCGACGGGGCCGGGAGGCGGGGCACGUCGCGAGCGACGGGCCGCCAGUGCUCUGGCGCAGUGCUGAACCGACGGCGUGUCGCGAGACGGCGUGCGGGGCCAGACUGGAGACUCUCGGGGCCUGAGUGGAAGCCGGCACGCCGAGCUGGACGGCACGACGCGGGUCCGCUGGCAGGAUGGUGGGGUGAGUGCGGACGGCGCCAGCGGCUUCCGCUGCCAGCGGCUGCAAACACCCAGGAUGUCGCUGCUGGGCAAGCCGCUGCACUUCAAGGCAGCCCGCCACCGCGACCACCGCUACCGGCGCAUCCAGGGCAAGAUCUACAACUUCCUGGAGAGGCCCCGCGGCCGCACCGCCGCCGCGUACCACGUCCUCGUGUUCCUGAUGGUGUUCGGGUGUCUGACGCUCAGCGUACUCUCCACAAUCAAGGACUACGAGAACGACGCCGGCACUCUGCUGCUCUACUGUGAAUCGGUGGUGGUCGUGUGGUUCGUCAUGGAGUUUGUGAUGAGGCUGUGGUCGUCGGGGUGCCGGUCGCGGUACCAGGGCUGGUGGGGGCGGCUCAAGUUCAUUCAGCGUCCGUUCUGCAUCAUAGACAUUGUAACCAUCCUGGCGUCGCUGGUGGUGCUGGCGCUGGGCCUGGGCGUGCUGGGCCUCAACACGGGCGGCCAGGUGUUUGCCGCGUCGGCGCUGCGCGUGCUGCGCUUCUUCCAGAUAUUGCGCAUGGUGCGCAUGGACCGGCGCGGCGGCACAUGGAAGCUGCUCGGCUCCGUCGUCUACGCGCACAGACAGGAGCUCAUCACCACAUUGUACAUCGGGUUUUUAGGUCUCAUCAUUGCAUCAUUUCUUGUUUAUCUGGCGGAGAAGGACUCUAACGGGCAGCAGUUCUCGUCAUUCGCCGAUGCGCUGUGGUGGGGAGUGGUGACACUGUGUACGGUUGGCUAUGGUGAUAUUGUGCCCAUCACGUGGAAGGGCAAACUCAUCGCAUCUGCGUGUGCCUUAUUAGGAAUAUCGUUCUUCGCCCUGCCGGCGGGUAUUCUGGGCUCGGGUCUGGCCCUGAAGGUGCAGCAGCAGCAGCGCCAGAAACACAUGAUCCGGCGCCGCCACCCGGCUGCCAUCCUCAUCCAGUGUCUCUGGCGCUGCUACGCCUCUGACGAGCACUCGCUCUCGGUGGCCACGUGGCGAAUACAUCAGAUUCCCUACCCCAGCCCGCCCACUUUCAAGCACAACGCGUCGUUCGUGUCUCGUUUGCCGACAAUCCGUCGGAGCCGUCCGUUGAACACAUCCGCUCAGCUGGCGGCCGCCCGGGCCCGCCAGACGGACGUCAACUCGUCCCUGGAGAACAUGGGCUCGGCCAGGUUACACCCCAGUCACAGUGAAGACUCAGUGACUAGGGACAGUUCAGACGUGUCGCUCGGAGUAAAAAAGAACUCAGACGAUGAGGAGGAGGACGUACAACCGAGGGUGACCCAGCUCACCACGCAGCACAAGAACGCCAUCCGUGCUCUGCGGAAGAUUAAAUUCUUAGUGGCUAGGAAGAAGUUUAAGGAGGCUCUGAAGCCGUACGAUGUGAAGGAUGUGAUUGAGCAGUACUCGCAGGGCCACAGUGACCUGCUGGCCAGGGUUCGCACUCUGCACGGAAGGCUGGAUGUUAUACUUGGGAAACAAGGAUCAAAAGCGAGGGACGUGUACGACUCCAAGAUCAGCUUGGCUUCCAGGGUUGUUAAAGUGGAACGGCAGGUGGAAGACAUCGAGGGCAAGCUGGACCAGCUACUGGAGAUGUAUAUGGAGGAUCGGCGGCGUCUGCUGGCUGCCCUGCCCGUGUCGCCGCCGCCGCCGCAGCCGCCGCCGCCGGAGCCGGCGCCGGCGCCGCCCUCCGCCAGUCCUCCGGCCGCCCCCGCCCCCGCCACCGCCCCGCCGUUCCUCAGCCAGCCGCCCACCUGUUUUCCCCUGCCGGGUCCGAUGCCUAAGUCGAUCCUGGUGGACAAACAGUCCUCGGAGCCGACCACGCCCAUCUACAAGCACGCCCGGCUGCCGGUCAUCUCGCGGGGCAACAGCGAUGUGGCGCAGCGGGUCAAGAAAAAGGUCACGCUCAGGCACUCGCUGCCGGGCGAGACGGAGCCGCUGCUGACGGUUCCGACCAGCUUUCUGGAGGCGCCCGAGGGCUUUCAGAGCCCGCCCCAGGUCACUGUCGAGUCGGAGCUCAGUUUUCCCGACUCCGUCAUCGACUCGGACUCUGGUGACCGCGGCAGCGACAGUGACGCCAGUGUGCGCGUGCCCAGCCCGUGCCAGGCGUUCGUCGAGGACGACACGCUGCCCGAGCCGCGCUCGUCGGCGGCCGCUCAGACGGGUCUGGUACUCGUGGUGCCGACGCUGGUGAACGGCUUCGGCGCCGCGCCCGGCCUGAACCCGGCCUGACCGGGCCGGCCCGGUGUCCGCGCAAUACUCCCCGCUGUGAGCGGCCCGACCGCGCCAUUCCAGCCGACCGCACGCGACUCCACUAGCGGCCCAGUGAUAUGCCACCACGUAUUUUCUGCAGAUGUUUUGCAAGUGCGUUUCUUCAUAAGCGACGUUAGUGAGCACAGUAGCUGGCGCCGCGGCGCCACCCCCGCCGCCGCACAUGUUUUUAUACGGGACAGAGAGAGUGACUGAUUGUGCGCGCCGCCCGCGACCGGCGCCGCCCUGAGAGCGUCGUUACUCGUUACAUAAUCAAAAUUAGACGGUAGUACAAUAUACCGCGGCGGCGCGCGCCCAGUGCAUUGUGAUAUUUCUGGGGAGUGUGUCUGAGGGGAUAUUUAUUUGAAAGUGUGUACGACUGCGUAUCUCUCUGGUCCUCUGUGCUGCGGCCGUCUCUGCGGCGGCCGCUGACGGUCGGUCGGGCGGCCGGCCGGUCCUGGCGGCGGCGGCUGACCCGCAGAGCCCCGGGCGCCGUCCCACGCCGGGGCCGGACGCUCCCCCGCCGGCGCGCUGCUCCGCUGCUCCCAUCCGGACACUGCUGACGCUCCUCCUCCGCAACCGCCGACGCCGCGGCGUUUUAUCACAAUCUACAAUACACGGUGAGACAAGCUC